AUGAGUUCCUCUAACCAGAUGUUGGUGAUGUAUUUAAUUCUCUCCGGCAUCUCCAAUGUGGCAGAGCUGCAGUUCCCGGUCUUUCUUUUGGUUGUCCUGACAUAUCUCCUCACUCUUGGUGGUAACAUGACGAUAUUUCUUCUGGUCUGCCUGGAUCGUCACCUCCACACCCCCAUGUACUUUUUCCUUUGUAACUUGUCUAUUCUGGACAUGUCCUCUACCACCGUCACAAUGCACCGGGUGUUCUCUGGCUUCAUAACAGGAGACAACACCAUAUCCUUCUCUGCCUGCUUGGCCCAGAUGUACAUGUUUGCAUCAUUGACAAGCAACGAGCUUCUCCUCCUUACUAUUAUGAGUUAUGACCGAUAUAUGGCCAUCUGCCACCCAUUGCGUUAUCAGACCGUGAUGUCUCUUAGGUUCUGCAGGAAGCUGACUGCCACCUGUUGGGCAUUUGGGUUCGUACAGGUAUUCCCCCUUGUUGUCAUGCUCUCUGGCGUCACCUGUUUUAGGACCAUUGAGAUCAACCACUUUUUCUGCAAUAUCAUGCCUCUCAUAAGACUUCCUUGUUCAGAUGCCUCCAUUCCUCAACUGUUCAAUUUCGUCAAUGGACUAAUCCUUGCCAUAUUACCAUUCUUCCUCACAUUUAUCCCUUACAUAUUUAUUGUCAUGGCUAUUCUCAAGAUCCGUUCUUCUAAUGGGAGACGUAAAACCUUUUACACUUGCUCCUCGCACCUCACGGUCAUUGUCCUGCUAUAUACUUCUUUGGUCUGCCAGUAUCUCAAACCAGAUUCAAUGACCAGCAAGGGUUCCAAUAAGCUUUAUUCUCUGUUUAACACCACAGCCGUUCCCUUGCUGAACCCCGUAAUAUACAGCUUGAAAAAUAAAGAUGUGAAGGCGGCUCUGAGGAGGAGAAGGAGAUUCAUUUCUUGA